AUGAAACUCGAAAUUUGCAAUUACAGUGGAUAUAAAAUCUAUCCUGGUCAUGGCAAACGUGUUGUUAAAAUUGACGGCAAAGUACAUAUUUAUUUAAAUUCAAAAUGUCAACGAUCGGCUGAUAUGCGUCGAAAUCCACGUCGUGUUACAUGGACUGUUUAUUAUCGUCGUAAGCAUAAGAAAGGCGCUGCUGAACAAGAAGUUAAAAAACGUACACGUCGUAAUAUUAAAUUUCAACGAGCCAUCACUGGUGUUACCUGGAACGAGAUUCUUGCUAAACGUAAUCAACAACCAGAAUUUCGAAAGGCUCAACGACAAGAUGCUAUUAAUGCUGCAAAACAAGCUAAAAAGGCCAAAACUCUACAAAAGAAAGCUGUACAGUCAGCUGUUCUUAAGAGUGGUAAACCAGUGAAAAAACCAGAAAAGAUUCAGAAAAAUAUACCAAAGGCUGGCCCAAAGAAGGGCACACAACGAUAA